UGGAAAUUAAAUUGGUGCAAUGAAGGUGCAUCAGGCUUAGGUUCUGCUUUAGCAAAUUGCAUUAAUCUCUCAAAUUUGACACUUGAACUUUCUUGGAAUAUAAUUGGUGCAAUGGGUGCAUCAGGCUUAGGUUCUGCUUUAGCAAAUUGCAUUAAUCUCUCAAAUUUGACACUUGAACUUUCUGGAAAUUAAAUUGGUGAUGAAGGUGCAUCAGGCUUAGGUUCUGCUUUAGCAAAUUGCAUUAAUCUCUCAAAUUUGACACUUGAUCUUCUUGGAAAUUAAAUUGGUGCAAUGGGUGCAUCAGGCUUAGGUUCUGCUUUAGCAAAUUGCAUUAAUCUCUCAAAUUUGACACUUGAUCUUCUUGGAAAUUAAAUUGGUGAUGAAGGUGCAUCAGGCUUAGGUUCUGCUUUAGCAAAUUGCAUUAAUCUCUCAAAUUUGACACUUAAACUUUCUUGGAAUAUAAUUGGUGCAAUGGGUGCAUCAGGCGUAGGUUCUGCUUUAGCAAAUUGCAUUAAUCUCUCAAAUUUGAGACUUUACCUUGAGUAAAAACAAUUUAUUUGUUUUGGAUUGUGA